GCGCUCCGGGUGGUGGUCCGCAGCCGUGCGACGAUCUGCCGCUCGCCAGUGCAGCCUGGUGACGCUGAGGAGGCGGUGACGGCCUGAGCCGGGGUCGUCGGCAGUGACAUCUGUUGAGUGGUUUACGAGUGCGCCGCACGGGGGGACGCAAACUGCGAUAGCGAUUGUCGGAGCCCGCGUAUUUAUUUGGUUGCCACGCCAGGUGACUAUGUGUGGUGACCUGCACUGACCAAGAUGGCGCUGGUGCUCACGUCGGCGGUCCUGCUGGCCCUGCUGGCCUGGCCGGGCGCUCGCGCCGAGGAAGUGGGCCUGCUGGACACGACGCAGGAGAACAUGCUGGACUGGACGAGAUACCCGUUCGGACCGCAGUCCAAAACGCCUGGGUGGGUGGAGGAAAGCUUCACCAACUUCGAGAAGGGUAUCAACUGGCGCUCGUACGUGGUCUGCGACGUCGCCUACCAGAACGUCAACAACUGGCUGUGGACGCCGUUCAUCGAGCGCGGUGAGGCCGAACGCAUCUACAUCGAGCUCAAGUUCUCGAUGCGCGACUGCUCGCUGUUCCCGGGCACGGCACUCAGCUGCAAGGAGACGUUCAGUCUGCUCUACUAUGAGUUCGACGCGGCGACGCGCGAGCCGCCGCCCUGGGAGCCGGAGAGCUACCGGCUCAUCGACCGCAUCGCCGCCGACCAGGGCCGCUCCACGUCCAGCCAGCAGCAGGUGAUCAACGUCGAGACGCGCUCCAUCCCCGUCACCAAGAAGGGCGUCUACUUCGCCGUGCGCGACCAGGGUGCGUGCAUCUCGCUGCUGGCUGUGCGCGUCUACUACCAGACGUGCCCCAACGUCACCGCCGGCUUCGCAUUCUUCCCGGCCACGCCCACCGGCCGCGAGGAGACCAUGAUCAAGACGGCGCGCGGCACGUGCGUGGCCAACGCAGUGCGCCAGGACGACUCCAAGGUGCCAAAGUACAUCUGCAAGGGCAACGGCGAGUGGGAGCUGCUGGACGGCGGCUGCCUCUGCAAGCCUGGCUUCGAGUCCAACAUGGAGGAGCAGAGCUGCCAAGUGUGUCCUCCGUCGCGAUUCAAGCACACGGUGGGUAACAGCUCGUGCCGAGCGUGUCCAGACCACAGCCGCGCGCCGUACACGGCCUCUGCCGAGUGCCGCUGCGAGUCGGGCUACCACCGGGCGCCGCAGGACCCUCUCGACGCGCCCUGCACACAGCCGCCGUCGGCGCCUCAGCGGCUGGCGUCGCAGUUUGUGGACCAGAGCACGGCAGUGCUGGUCUGGCAGCGCCCGCUGUACGAGGGUGGCCGCACCGACACCACCUACUACGUGCAGUGUUCGCAGUGCGGCUCCUCCGUCACCUACUCACCUGCCCAGAAGGGUCUGAACACGACUAAGGUGACGGUGUCGGGUCUGAGCCCGGUCACCGCCUACGAGUUCCAAGUGUACAGCAGCAACGGCGUAUCGGCCCAGGCCGGCGGCGAGGAACACGUCCAGCUCAAGGUCACGACCGAGGCGUCAGUGCCGUCGAUGGUGUCGGAGGUGCGCGUCAGCGUGGUGCGCUCCUCGGAGGUGGUGCUGGCCUGGGACCCGCCGGCCGACACCCAGGAGGAGGUGCUCAGCUACGAGGCCCGCUUCUUCGUCAAGGGCCAGGAGUCGAACACGAGCAGCGAGUUCACGCAUGAGACGCGCAUCACCGUCGACAAACUGCAGCAGCGCACCGAGUACGGGUUCCAGGUGCGCGCGCGCACCAAUCGCGGCUGGGGAGAGUUCAGUGAGCCCGUCUUCGGCACCACCGGCCAGAUGCUGGGCACAGCGUACGUGGGCGAGGAUGACGGCGUCAACGUGCGCAUCAUCGCCGGCGCCACCGUGGCCGUCAUCGCCCUGCUCGUCAUCAUCGUCAUCAUGGCCGUCUUCUUCCUCCGAAGCCGAGGUAACGAAGAGUGUAAUAAGAAACAACCCAGCGACUGUGAUACAUUGGAGUAUCGCAAUGGUGAAGGCCUCGUAGUCACCUACAUGCACCACGUUGGGAACGGAUCAAUUGUGCAGACCCACAAGGCAGGAACGGCGCCCCCUGUUUCAGUGACGACGCCGCUGUUCAACCCGGUGACGCACCAGCGCACCUACAUCGACCCGCACACGUACGAGGACCCGAACCAGGCGAUCCGCGAGUUCGCGCGCGAGAUCGACGCCUCGCACAUCAUCAUCGAGGCCGUGAUCGGCGGCGGCGAGUUCGGCGACGUGUGCCGCGGCAAGCUGCGGAUUCCGGCCCGCCAGGAGAUCACGGUAGCUAUCAAGACGCUGAAGCCGGGCUCGUCGGAGAAGGCCCGAGUCGACUUUCUCACCGAGGCGUCCAUCAUGGGCCAGUUCGAGCACCCGAACGUCAUCUUCCUGCAGGGCGUGGUGACCAAGAGCAACCCAGUGAUGAUCAUCACCGAGUUCAUGGAGAACGGAAGCCUGGACACGUUCCUGAGGGCGAACGACGGCAAGUUCCAGGUGCUGCAGCUGGUGGGGAUGCUGCGGGGUAUCGCGGCCGGCAUGCAGUACCUCUCCGAGAUGAACUACGUGCACCGCGACCUGGCGGCACGCAACGUACUGGUCAACUCGCAGCUGGUGUGCAAGAUCGCCGAUUUCGGGCUGAGUCGAGAGAUCGAGAGCACGACCGAGGGCGCCUACACCACCCGGGUCGGUACACAUGUCAGGGUUGGAUACCGAGGAGCGCGCCACACAGAGGGCGGCAAAAUCCCCGUGCGGUGGACGGCCCCUGAAGCGAUAGCGUUCCGCAAGUUCACCUCCGCCUCGGACGUCUGGAGCUUUGGCAUCGUCGCCUGGGAGGUCAUGUCGUACGGCGAGCGGCCCUACUGGAACUGGAGCAACCAGGACGUCAUCAAGAGCAUAGAGAAGGGCUACAGACUGCCAGCCCCCAUGGACUGUCCGGAGGCGAUGCACCAGCUGAUGCUGGACUGCUGGCAGAAGGAGCGCUCCCACAGGCCCUCCUUUAUCAGCAUAGUGAAAACGCUGGACAACCUGAUCAGCUGUCCGGACACGCUCCGCAAGGUGGCGCCCAACAGGCAUCUGGCAGCUUACUCCCCCUACUCCGUUACAUCGCACUGGGUGCAGUUUCCCACCGAUUUCCCUAGGAACACGAACCCGCUGGCGCCGGACGCGCCCGACCUGACGCAGAUCACCACCGUCGAGGAGUGGCUCGCCUCCAUCAAGAUGAGUCGCUACCUGGAAAACCUGCAGCGCGCGGGCAUCGCCAGCAUGGAGGCCGUGACCCGGCUGACUCACGCCGACCUGCCCGCGCUUGGCGUCACGCUUGUUGGCCACCAGAAGAAGAUCAUGAACAGUGUGCAGGCGCUACGCGCGCAGAUCCACGCCAACAUGUCCGAGGCGUACUUCGUGUAGUGGCCGGCGGGCGGCGCUGCCGGCGCCGGGUGAACGGGCUUUAAUGGCGCGGACGCUGGUGGCGCCGUGCGGCGGACGCGCGGAGAACUCAUCAAAAUGUCAUGCCCUCCACGAGUGUUGUGCGGCGGCGGCCUCGCGCCCGCGGAACAUUCCAUAAGUCUGCGGCGGCCGGCGCUGCGUGUUAUCGGUGCGAGAGAGCGCGCGGCGCGACGGCGGGCGUCCGCCUUCCAAAGACAUUAAUAUGAAAGCCUGUGAUCUUAUGAUAAGUGUCUGGUUGUUUUCUGUGCUCCCGCUUCCGGAAUCUGGAGAUGUUGUAUCAGCUGUGUCUAGUCUCCCGCUCGCCUCCUGCCACGCAGACGUGUGCUGCUGUCCCUACACCGUCGACCCCGGAGCUCCCUGUUUCUCAUUUCGCGGGGACAACAUGUGAUGUUAACCUUGUGUUGUCAUGAUUUUUAUCGCUGUAUUUAUGUUUUGUACAAACUGUACAUUCGCCAAUAUGCAAAGCCCUUUAUGGUGGUACGACGGCGGCGCGCGUAAUGAGUGCGGUGCGCGCAGCGAGAGUGCGUUGCGUCGCGUUUGGUAGGAGCUCACGUGGUAUCCUUUACUCACUGGAAACUAUGCAGGUCGUGUCAACGCGUCGGAGCGGACGUCGGUUUGCAAGCAUGAGUGUGUGAGUGCGUGCGUGCAUGCGUGCGUGGUUACGAGCACGACGAGGCGGCUUUGAGGGGGUUUGUGGGACACCACACGGGGCAUGGCCGGGUCGGCGGAGGGCGAGUGGGGCGCGGGGAGCGGCGCGGCGGCCUCGUCAGCGUGACCUCCGGUCCUGGCGGUGGUCCUGCCGGCGGCCGGCCGGGGGCGCUGGCGGCGCCCCGGCUCUGACGGCGACCGCCUGGACUAGUCAGAGGAGGCAGAGACGCGGCCGCGGCCCCAGCAGCGUCGCGCUCAGUGGCGCAGAGCGCGGCCCGACCGGCUCGGGCUCGGGGCAGGUGUGGCGCAGGGGGUUACCAGCGGCCCAGGCCCAGGCGAGCCUGUCAGCGUUCUCAGACGGCGACCGAAACACAAGGUCCUUUCGGCCACCCCGUGCGUGCGACGCGCCUGGCUCGUAGGUGACGCUCUGUGAUGUAGAUUGCGUAUCAUGCCACCUGGAUGUGAUUGGUUACAUGUCCGGGUAGAACGCUUAGGUGUUCAACGAAACGUACACGGAGAGUUCCUUUUUGUGAGUGGUUAUGAAUGGAAUGCCGUGUCGAAGCGAUCGUCCCCCAGUAACGGGCCACUGGACAUGUUUGGUUGCAGUGCACGGUUGUUGACGCACGCGUUAUUGGUUGCUGGUCUCCGAUGCUUAAAUUUCUGCUUCCUUGGCGUGCGAGGGAUCAAGUUUUGAUACAUAACGCUGUUGUACUAUUUGUAUAGAGCUUUGAGUUGAAAAUAAAUGACGGUAUUUGUA